AUGAUGCUCGACUUGUCAGAGGAGCAUAAGGAGCACCUGGCCUUCCUACCGCAAGUGGACAGUGCAGUGGUAGCUGAGUUCGGAAGAAUCGGUGUGGAGUUCGUCAGACGGGGAUCUAACCCGAAGAUCUAUGAAGGCGCUGCCAGAAAACUUAAUGUGAGUAGUGACACUGUCCAGCAUGGUGUGGAAGGAUUAACUUAUCUCCUCACUGAGAGUUCGAAGCUCAUGAUUUCUGCGCUGGAUUUCCAAGACUCUGUUUUUGUUCUGGGAUUCUCUGAAGAGCUGAAUAGAUUAUUGCUUCAGCUUUACCUGGACAACAGAAAGGAGAUCAUGACUAUUCUGAAUGAGUUGGCACCUGGUCUUCCCAGUUACCAUAGUCUUGAAUGGUGGCUAGAUGUGCAACUUGCAAGCAGAAGUCUCUGGCAACAAAUUAAACCAGCAGUGACUAUAAAGCUGCACCUCGAUCAGAAUGGCGACCACAACACCCAUCUUUUGCAGACAGACCCAGCUACUCUGCUUCAUUUGGUUCAGCAGCUGGAGCAAGCGUUGGAGGAAAUGAAAACAAACCACUGCUGGAGAGUAGUCCACAGCAUCAAGUAG